AUGAUCAGCAACGGCUUCUGCAAUGAGACCUGUGGGCGCUGCACCUCUCCUGCGCCAGCUAAGACCCAGCCUGCCACCGAGGUGCCUGCAGCUGUUGUGCCGCGCAAGCCAGCGGCUGCAGUGGUGGAAGCAGCCCCCGUCCCAGCUACUGAGCCAAAGGCGGAACCCAAGGCUGCAGCCGCCACGGCAGUUGCAAAGACGCCUGCCGCGCCCGUGGUCGAGGAGGCAAUUGCCCCCAGUGCGGAGGGCCCUGCGCGCCGUGCUGCCAGCCCUGUCACUCGCUCAAGGGUGGCCGUAGCCCCCGCCCCAGAGGAGGAGGGGCCGGAGGCAUCCUGGGUCCUGGACUCUGCCCCAGAGGCUGAACCGACUGGAGUGGUCUCCAAGCCUGCCAAGGCGGUUGCCGCUCCCGUCCCGUCGCCUGAGGUGCCAGAAGAGCCCCCUCGCGUCUGCAACCAGACGGCGUUGGAGUACAUCCUGUCCCAGCCCUCCCUGUCGGCCUUUGCCAGCAUCGUGAACACCUCCGCCCAGCAGGCCCUGCUGUCCAGCUACGACACCGACAUCACGGUCUUUGUCCCGGCUUCCUCCUCCUUCCCUGCGGCCGCCAAUGCCCUCGGUGUGACCGCCGACCAGCUUUCCUCCCAGAGAAACAUUCUGUCUCGCAUCGUGCAGUACCACGUGUCGUCCGGCAGGGCCCUGUCCGCUACUGAUCUGGCGGCCAGGCGCAACCUGCCCACCGAGUCGGGGGACCUGCUCUUCGUGUCCCCGGGCACCCCGCUGGUCCUGGAGGCGGUAGGGGACUCGGCCCAGGUGACGUCCCCUGACCUGGCAAGCGGCUGCAGCUGGGUCAUCCACGGCAUCGACCAGGUGCUGCUACCGGUGGCAGGGACCACCGGGAUCAACCCCGCCUUUACCACCAUGACGCUGACCGCAGGACGCUAG